AUGGAUUGGAAAGUGCGCGCGAUAGUUUCCACUUUAGUAUUUAUCGUUGGAGAGUUGACUGUUUAUAAGGGGAAUUGCGCAUCUGUUGUAAACGUGGGAAAUGACAUGUUCACAAUCCAGCAUGAGGCUUCAGGGAAGUGUAUUCGAGUGGAGGACGGUUCUAUCCACCUGCAGAACUGUUCCAGCUCACCGGCCACCCAGUGGAAGUGGGGAUCAACUCACCGGCUCUUCCACAUGGGUUCCUCUCAGUGCCUGGGCAUGAACGUCACUUCUAAAACACUGGCGCUGUUUAACUGUGACUCAGACGCCUUGCUCUCGUGGCGCUGUUCUGAAGGUAGCAUCUACACCAUGUAUCAGAUGAUGCUCACCUUUUCUGGAAACACUGUAACUGUCAAACGGGAAUCAUCAGACAUUUGGAAGAGAGGAGGCACAUCGGAAAAUAUCUGUCAACAGCCAUACCGCGUUAUACACACUACGGAUGGGAACUCCAAUGGGGCACCCUGUGAAUUUCCUUUCCUCUAUAAUGGAAGCUGGCAUCAUGACUGUCUCCCUAGCAGCAGCACCCCGUCUCUGGGCUGGUGCUCUACCACAUCCAACUUUGACAAGGACCAGAAAUGGGGAACCUGUCUUAAAUAUGUUGAUGGGUGUGGUGACCUGUGGAAAGGCCCCCUGAAUGGACGCUGUUACCAGUUGGUUUCCAAAGCGAUGGCCAAGUGGCAUGAGGCGCGGGAUUCCUGCCGUAGUCAGGGAGGAGACCUGCUCAGCGUGUCCAGUGCAGCAGAGCUCAGCAGCUUUUCAAAGGAGGAGCUGCCGGAAAAGCUUUGGAUCGGAUUAAAUCACCUGGACUGGGAGCAAGGAUGGCAGUGGGCAGAUGGGUCGGCUCUUUCCUACAUCCCCUGGGACUUAGAUGUGCCAGUUAGAUCUUAUCUGUUGUCGGAUUCAGACUGUGGGGUGUUGAACUCUCGGUUUCAUUUCGAAAGCCAAGCGUGUGAUAGCAGACUACCAUACAUCUGUGAGAAAAAAGAAAAUGGCACACAGACAGAAUCCACAGGCAGAGUGGGGUAUAAUGAAACAGAGUGUGACGAAGGCUGGAUCGCGGGGCUGGGCUACUGUUUAAAGUACAUUAAUUCAUCAGCCUUCCAAGCGGCAGCCCAGCAGGAGUGCAGGAAGAACGAUGCUAACCUGGCAAGCAUCCAUAGUCUGGAGGAUGUAGAAUUACUCACCAAAUUCUUACCCCCAGAUGCCCGGUCUGAAAUGUGGAUAGGACUAGUGAGUAAUGGAAGCUCUGCUACCUUUCACUGGUUGGACAACUCUCCUGUCUCCUUCACAAACUGGGAUCGGUUCCAACCUCCAGUGCAGCCUCCAAACACCUCUAACUGUGUGUUUAUGUCCAGAGAGCAUCAAAUGUGGCAGGUGUCCAACUGUAAGACCGUGCGUGUUUUCCUUUGUAAGAAGGAAGGAAAGGUAAAGGAAGGUCAGGUGGACAAAAAGUGCCCUCCUGGUCAGGGGUGGUGGAGGCAUGGGAAAGCCUGUUAUAAAGUGAACACUACUCAGGUUGACUUCAAGGGGAGUUGUGAGCUCACGAUAACAAACAGGUUUGAGCAGUUGUUUAUUAACAGUCUUCUGAAGCAGUACACAUUUGGCAGCCAGCCUCAGUAUUUCUGGACAGGGCUGCAGGACAUUAAAGGCACUGGGGAGUACCAGUGGUUCAGUAAGGAUGGGCCAGGGGAUAGAGUCACCUACACCAACUGGAGAUAUCUAGAACCAGCUAGGUAUGGGGGCUGUGCUGUUUUGUCCACUGAGAUGCCUCUGGGGCAGUGGGAAGUGAAGAACUGCACAUUGUUUAAAGCUGGUACCAUCUGUAAGGUGCCCGUUGAAGGAAAAGAGCUGGUUGCUCCAGAACCCAACUCAACAAUACCCUGUCCCCAGGGCUGGGUUUCCGUAGAAGGCAACAGUUACUGCUACAAGGUAUUUCAUGAGGAGAGAGUGAGCAGGAAACGAUCGUGGGAAGAGGCGGAAAGGUUCUGUGAAGCUUUGGGGGCUCAUUUACCCAGCUUCACAAAUGUAGAGGAGAUGAAAGCCUUGCACAGUGUCAUGAGAGAAUCUGUUAGCACUGACCGUUAUUUCUGGGUGGGCCUGAAUCGGAGAAAUCCAAACACUGAAAACGCCUGGGAAUGGAGUGAUGGCCGACCCGUUUCCAUGGCGGUUUUCCCUCAGGAGUUCCACGAGGAUGAUGAGUAUGACCGAGACUGUGCCGCCUUCAAGUCCUUGAAAGGCACGUUCAGACGUCUGUUUUUCUUCCUGCUCCAUGACAUCCCCCCGCGGCCAUUCUACGCCAGCACUUUUCACUGUGAUGCUCAAAUGGAGUGGGUGUGUCAGAUUCCCAGAGGCCAAGAUCCCAAGAUUCCUGAGUGGUAUAACCCAGGUGGAUACCACUACACGUCCCGUUUUAUCGACGGUCAGGAAUUUUGGUUUGUAUCGGAGCCAAAGUUAUAUUAUCAUGAGGCAGAGGAAUACUGUUCCAGCAACCAGAGCAGACUGGCCUCACCGCAGAACUUACUCGCUAUCAGACACCUUCACGACUUCCUCGCACAGCAUGCAGGAAGUCAACCGACGUACUGGUGGGCUGAUCUAGAUGAGCCUGACUCUGUCCUCCCCUGGAUACUCAGUCAUGCACACCACUUUAAUGCCAGGUUCCUGGGCAAGUGCACCUCCAUCGGUCCUGAUUCCAUCUAUCCAGAGUACAACAUACCUUGCAACACUCGCCUGCCGUUCAUAUGUGAGACACUGAACGUCACAUCUGCAGAAAAACAUCCUCCGGAGCCACAUGCACCGCGCAAGCCUUGUGAGAAUUCGACCAUGAGCUUCAGAGACAAGUGCUACACGGUGUUUCCUCCAAGAAAUUUGACAUUUCAGCAGGCCAGUGAGUUUUGCUACACACACAGGGGCUCCAUGGUGACGAUUGCCGAUCAGGUCGAACAGGACUUCAUCACCACCCUGCUCUCAGGACAGCAACAGUCAAACCUCUGGAUUGGCCUAAAACUGAAACCUCAUGAGACACAGUGGGUUGAUAAUUCACCAGUCAAAUAUCUGAACUUUAACCCUUUGCUUCAGGGCCAGAUACGACACAUUUACAUCAAUCCUUUUGAGGAGGGGCGUUUUGAGCUAUGUGCGUACAUGCUGAAUGACGUUCACUCCUCACUUCUGGCCACCUGGGAUUACACGUCUUGUUCUGAUCGACAGUUUGUCUCCAUUUGCCAGCACUACACAGACAAGCCUGAGGUCCCAGUGGUGUCAGAUGCUCAGUUUGAGGUCGACGGCCACGUGUUUAAACUGGUUCGGAAACAGAACCUCACCUGGACGGAGGCUCGGGAGUUGUGCAGGGAGGAGGGCAUGGACCUGGCCAGCGUGGCUAAUGCGUUGGUGCAGGCAGUCCUGUCCGUCAAUGUCAGCAGGGCGGGCACUCCAAUGUGGAUUGGUCUCUUCAGUGAGGAUGAGGGUGAGCACUACCGUUGGAUCGAUAACAGCCACACGAUGUUCAGCCGCUGGUCUGACGAAGAUCAUACAGGAAGCUGCGUUUAUCUCAACACUGACGGUUUCUGGAAGGCCAUGGAAUGUGCUGAGGAGCUAGGGGGAGCUGUCUGUCAUGUUCCUCAUGAGGAUACAGUAGAAAACCCUGAGACUUCUACAAAAUGUCCUCACAAGAGUGGUGGACCAAACUGGAUCCCUUUCAAAAACAACUGCUAUUCCUUCCAGCUGGCAGGUUCCCGGUGGAGUGAAGAAGAGAAGAAAAACGGGGCCCAAACGUGCAGUAAACUGAUUGGCGAGGGAGAAGUCUUGACCAUCCGAGAUGAAGAGGAGAAUGCGUUUAUAGUGCAACAGCUUCAACCGUUCAAGGACCUGGCUCAGUUUGUGUGGCUGGGAAUGUACAGAGAUCCAAAAGAUAAUCAGCUGAAAUGGUUGGAUGGCACCAAUGUUCAGUACUCCAACUGGGUUAGCGGCAGACAAAAUGUAACUGACACUUUCAUGGCUGGACUCACUCUGAGUGGAAAGUGGGAAUUAUUUAGAAGCAGAUUCAUUUUCUCAAAAUUCAUGCAGAAGACAAUAGUGGUGUGCAAGAUCAGCAAUGAUUCUAAAGAUGAGUUCCGUAAGAAAGCCGUCGAUGUUGAGCCAUCUGCUAACCAGACAUACCGGGUGAUUGCUCAGACGCUGAACUGGUUCCAGGCCCUAGAGAAAUGCAGCCAGGACGGCGGACAUCUUGCGAGCAUUCUUGGCAAAAAGGAUAACCGCAACGUUGGCCUGAUUGCCAAACGAGAUGGCUUCCCUCUCUGGAUUGGACUGUCCAAUCAAAACGCUAGUGGCUGGCCCUAUGAGUGGUCGGAUGGGUCAGUGCUAAAGUACAAGCCAGAGGGCUUUUGGGGAACAGACACAGAGGAAAGCUGUGUGUAUGUUGAGCCCUCUGGAACCUGGAAGAAAACCAACUGCUAUACCCAGUUAGAGGGAGCCAUCUGCUACAGCAGCCCCAACCCGAGAUACAGUCAACUUUCAUCUUCCAGCUCGAUGAAAUGCCCGGAGAGUGAGGGCCUCUCGGAGUGGGUUCAGUUUGAAGACCACUGCUAUGCCUUCAAUAUGACCUUUUACAAUUACUCUGUGUACACCAUGGAAGAUGCCAAGGAGCUGUGUGCCAGACUAGAUUCCUCAUCCCAGCUCCUCACUAUUAAAAGUCAAGAGGAGAACGACUUUGUGUCAAAGUACAUGGCCGAAAACCCCCUCAUCACCAGCCGAGUCUGGCUUGGAUUGAAAAUGGAAGGUAAAAACGGCAAGUGGAUGGACGGCAGCGCCAUGAGUUUCUCGAAUUUUGCGCGGCAGUCGGAGGACGGGGGGCUGUCAGGGGACGGCUGUGCAGUCAUGAUCUCUUCGCAAGGAACCUGGCAUGCAACCAACUGCACGAGCAGUCGCAGUCGCAUCGUAUGCAAAGUUCCUGCACGAUCAGGAAGUUCUCCGGCUGCCCUGGUCUUCUUCCUGAUUGUGCUCUUGCUCCUGAUUGCUGUGGUCGGCUUUAUCGUUUACAAGAAGAACAGAGCUCGUUUCUCCUCCACCAUCCGCUACCAGAGGAAUUUCGACGAGGACACGACUAGCAUGAUCACUGCCACAGACUGAGAGAUUGUCUCUAUGCAGCUGACUGACAACAAUAGCCUUCAUGUGCCUUUUCAAAUAUAAACAACCGCCAUGCAGCAACACACCAAAACGUGUCCUGCAACUGAAGCAGGUUUUUGUUUUUUGGGGGGGGGGGGGGUUUGUUUGUUUGUUUGUUUG